AUGGCUAUGUCUUCUAUCAGCAGUCACUUUCUCCCCACGGGCACGUUGGCAUUCUAUCCCAUUAAGUUGCCUGAUUUCGCGCAGCAUCUUACAUCCAACCAUGGCCAUGUCGGCAGACGUUUCUUCACCUUCCCGGGGUUGUAUAAACAUGCGCACAUCGGGUCUACAACCCUAAACAUAAAGAGACGUCCCAGUAAUUAUCGUCGAGAUAACAACUACCCAGCUCUCAUUGCCUCUCCGCCAACAGUACCAAGCUCCCUCGGUAUCAACAAUGAUGGGUUUGAUUUCUCAUAUUUCUCUGAAAUCAAAAUCGGAUCAGAGGGACAGAAGAUGUGGAUGUUGAUUGACACCGGCGCAUCGUCUUCCUGGGUAUUUGGAUCAGAUUGCACUAGCAAAGCCUGCGAAGCACACAAUACGUUUGGAAAAGAGGACUCGAAGACCAUCAAGAUCACAAAUGAAAAAUGGGCCGUCACUUACGGCACCGGGAAAGUUUCUGGAGUUAUGGUUAAUGAUACCAUGUCCUUUGCGGGUUUUGAGCUGGUCACUCCCUUUGGAUCUGCCUCCACUGCCUCGGAGGAUUUCUUAAACUACCCCAUGGAUGGAAUUCUAGGAGUAGGGCCACAGGAUCCCAAUGCGAAGUUCCCAACGGUCCUACAGCUUUUGAUGCAGCAGAACCACAUGAAGAAAAAUGUUAUAGGUAUUAACCUCCAAAGAAGCUCUGAUGGUGCUACAGAUGGCCAGAUCACCUUUGGUGAUAUCGACACAAGCAAGUUCUCUGGCGAGUUGACAUACUCGAGUGUCGUCCCGAAUGGUUAUCAAUGGGAAAUUGCAGCAGACGACUUCAUAAUGGAUGGGGAGCCUCUAAACUUCAAGGGAAGAUCUGGUAUCAUAGAUACUGGAACGUCCUUUCUUAUACUCCCUCCCGCUGAUGCGGAACUGGUUCACUCUAAGAUACCUCAGGCAGUUAAGGGUUCGCCAUUUUACACUGUCCCAUGCUCUACUAAGACGGACAUCAAACUAUCAAUUGCCGGAGUGAAGUACACCAUCCAACCCAAGGACUACGUGGGGUACGAAACUGCCACCAAAGGAAUCUGCAACUCCCUUAUCGUCGGACAGCAGUUCUUAGGACCUAAGCAGUGGCUUGUUGGCGAUGUCUUUUUGAAGAACGUUUAUUCUGUCUACGACUAUGACAAGAGGCAAGUCGGGCUGGCGGCAAGGAAAUAUGGGGAGACUAAGAAUCCAUCAUCUUCCGGCCCUUCUCCAGCUCCUACCUCCAACAAAGCACCUGGUGGCUCCCCUGGUCUACCAGCUGAGUCUAGUUCGGGCUCAUCCCCAACUUCUGCCACCGGCGAGCCUAACAAUAAGCCCACCAGCUCCCCCAACGCCGCGUCAAGCGUGUUGAUGCCAACAUGGCUCUCCCUUGCUGUUUUCCUCGCCGCUACCUCCUCGCUCACCCUUCGUAGCUGGAGUUGA